AUCACUCUCUCUCUCUCUCUCUCUCCCCCUGGUUCCUGAUUCCUGCUCUCGUUUUCUCUCUCUCUCUGGUUCCUGAUCGAAUUCAAUCCUUCUUCAUCUUCUUCUUCCUCUUCUUCUUCUUCGGUGACAGACAGGGACGCCCGAGAUCUCCCUCCUCCUUCCCCCGCCCCUCCAAAAGAGAAAAAAAACAGGUUUUUUUUUCCUCCCCCUCGACAUUCUCUCUCUCUUUUUUACCUUCUUCUUUUUGAAUUCCAGCUUCAGGAGGAUUCGAUUCGGUACCAGAGGGAAAUUGGGUUUCCUUUUCCGUUUCUUGUUUCGUCGAUUGCGUUCUUGGGAGCGAGAUUAGGGUUUUCUUGAUACGGUGUUGGGGUUCUUCCCAUUCUUUGAUUUCGUUUUUGGGGGAUUUCAAUUCGAUUCCUUCUCUGACCCUAGCUCUGUACCGUCUGAAAGAGGGAGAGCGCGAGAGAGAGCGAGAGGCAGAGAGAGAGAGAGAGAGAGAGAGAGAGAGGGAGAAAUAUAUUCCAUUGAUUCUUGUCCUGUAUAGCUACAUGAGGAUCUGACUGUUAGUUUAUCAUUUUCGGUUCCAUUGUGGGAGUUUCUUUUUUUUUUUUAGGGUUUCCUCGGUUCCUUACUCGUGAAACUCUAUGAGAUUUUCGAUGCGUUUUUUUUAGUUCGCCAUCUGAAAUUGAGGGUUUCCUUCGCUUAGAUCUUCCACGUUCUUGCGCCCCCAUUCCUUUUGUAGUUCCGUUCCUGCUUUUCCCAAUCGAAAAACCAAAAAAAGAGAAAAGAGAGAAAAAAAAAAUCCAGCUUUUGUAUAGGCAUCAGCCGUUUCUGUAGAUAAGAUGGCUUUGAACUUCUCUCAUCGUCCGGUUUUCGCUGCUCAUCUACCCGAAGACAUGUCCCCGAUUAGGAUUGCCAAUCUGUGCAUUGUGGAGGGUGUUUCGGAGAAUAAGGUGGAUGGUGCCGAUAGGCCCUGGCUUUUGGAGGGGGAUGUUAAGGAUUGUUUGGAUUAUGGAAGGAGUAGAUGUGAUGGUGGUGGCUGCUCUCAGGAUUCAGUUUCCAAUGAGAUCCUCGACCUUUUGCCUUCCGAUCCAUUCGGGAUGGAUAUAAGCACCACUUUUACGGCUAUAACUGGUUGGCUCGAGGAUUUGGAGAUGAAUUAUGGUGGCUACACAAGUGAUUUUGCUGGGGCUAGUCCUGAUGAUUACCAGCUGUUUGCCGGGUUGAAUUUUUUCUGGAAUAAUGCGAUGAAAUUCCAGGCUUUUCCUGGAACAAUCGGGUUUAAUACCAAUUCUAUUCCAUCCAGUAGCAUGCCUCCUCGCUAUGGGGUGAAGGAAAGUGCGCAUGGCUCCUGUGAUGUUGCUUUUGGUUCAAUGAGUGAAUUUUCUGGUUAUCCCGAUUCCUUGGAAGCAGGAGAUGCAUCUUCCUUGGAUUUGGGUUCAUCAAGUGGACAUCAUGGGUGUUCAGAGGAGGUCAUAAAGGGACAGGACCCUUGUGAUGGGGAGUUUGGAUUGACAAAUGCACUUGGGGGAUUAUCUGAGGUUAUGGAGUCGCUACAGGUAUCCUGCCAUGUUGGCUUUGAAUCAAUAAGCAGCUGCAAUCAAUGUCCUGAGGCAACGGAAGAUGUAAAUGCACCCUACCAUCUUGGCCUCGGAUCCAUUGGUGAAUAUGGUAGGUGUUCCCUGGAGAACGAAGUUUCUGGGGUGUCUGAUGAUAUGGAUGGCUUUUUUCAUGGAAGCAGUGGAAGCUCCGGAAUUCCUGAUAACCACUCAAGUAAAGACCCCGAGCUUUCUGCUGGAACUUGUUCCUUUGUCAAUGGACCUCACUUAGCAUUUUCUUUGGCUCUUGGUUAUCUGGGUGUGCGGGAUCUUCUUGCUGUCGAGGGUGUUUGCAAAUCCGUCCGGUCUACAGUUCGAAAUGACCCCUUCUAUUGGAGGAAUUUACAUAUACAUCAUCCUCUGAAUGACAAGAUUACUGAUGAAGUUCUUAUGCAAUUGACCAAUAGAGCUCAAGGUACUCUCCAGUGCUUGAGUCUGGUAGAGUGCCCAAGGAUCACUGAUGAUGGUCUGAAGCGUGUCCUUGACAGUAAUCCAAAGCUCAGCAAGCUCUGUGUCCCUGGCUGCACAAGACUUAGUAUUAAUAGCAUUUUGCGUAGCCUGAGAACUUUCAAGUCGAUGGGUACCCUCAGAGUAAAGCAUAUUAGGAUUGGUGGGCUUUAUGGGGUAACGGAGGAACAUUUUGAGGAGUUGAAGUUCUUGUUGGGGAUCACGAGUGAGAAGCAGCAGAACCUGAAUGCCCUCAAGCCAUAUUUCUAUCACAGAGAGAGUAUGUACUUAUCAUGUGAGGAUGAUCGUACCAUUGAUAUUGAGACGUGUCCAAGAUGCCAGAAACUGAGGUUGGUCUAUGACUGCCCUGCUGAGGUUUGUCAGGGUAAGGAACAUGCGUCUCAAGUAUGUAGGGCCUGCACACUCUGCAUAGCUCGGUGUGUUCAGUGUGGUCGGUGCAUUAAUGACAAUGAAUACGAGGAAACCUUUUGUCUGGAACUGCUCUGCUCAGAUUGUUCAAAGCAUCAACUUCUGAAGCGCCAUGAGAUGGAAGGUAGCGUUCCUAUCUCAGAUUCUACUUUCCACCACGAAGAUCCACAGGCCUCCUCAAUCCGUGGCUGAAGAUGAGUAAGGCUUCUGUCGGGCUUUGGUCUACGAGCAAUGCUGUUUUCUUUUUUGUGCCUUGCUUUUAGGAUCAAACAGGGCAUUGACAUAAAUUGAAAAUGAGGAAUUAGGGGGCAUCUGAAGCUGCCUCACUUUCUCUGGUAGUCAUAUGUCAUUCUCACUUCGUGUGAUAUGGCGCAGCUUGGAAUUGGGGUGUGAAGAAAUGGUUAGGUUUCGGUCUUGGAGCUGGAGGAUCUGUUCCGAUCGUUCCCUACAUGGAAUUGCUUGGUGACUGAGCCAUCCAUGUGAAACACGUCUGGCGACCUUGUGUUGUCAAUCUUCGCACCGCGUGCGGUUUGCGCGCAGACGGCUGUGUAUUUAUUUGGGUGCUAUCUUGAGAAAAGGGAGUUAGAAAAGGAAUAAAAAAAAAUCUGCAGUGUACUGUGGUAUUUGAUUAGAGUUGAUAAACUCUCAACCUAGGCAAUAAUCAUCCCAAGUUUAAAAUGUCUCGAGGUGUUUCGCCAAUAUUUGGCGAGCGCUUGUUGUACUUGUACCAGUAGAAUUGUUUACUCCCUAUUGUUAUUAUAGGUUUUCACUGCCAGGAACAAAUAAAAGAAGGUAUAUGUGGAAGACUUGUUAACACUGUUCUGUUUAGUUCUGUAAUUUGAACCUGUAUUCCUGUCAUUGGAAUUUGCAAGUAGUAGUUGCAAGAA